AUGGCGAAAAGAAUAAAAGAGUUGGAGGAGGAAUUAUUGAAAAUGAAAGAGAAUGAUGAUUGCGUAGGCAACUCAAAAGAAGAACCAGGUAUGGGUUCUAAAGAAAAAUCAUUCAUGGAAGGGGCUGAAAAUGUGAACGAUUUGAAAGAUUUAUCAAAUGAUUUAGAAUCAGAAAAAGACGUAGAGGAUGUUGUUGAAUUGAAUGAAGACAUCAAGGUCAACAUAGCGAAGGAUGAUAAGAAGGUGGAAGGUGUGACGUUAGAGAAAAUGAAGGUUGGAACCCCGUGCAAGUUGGCGUUUGAAACGAAAGAUCAUGUCGUUGCAUGGGGGACCAUAAUUGAUUCAGAUGUAGAAGGUGACAAUGUUAAAGUGGCAGUAGAUGUCGUGGUGGAUGGGGAUUGUGCAAUUCCCAUUCCAUCAGAGCAAGGGAUGUACAAAAUGUCCCAGGAAGUUGGUUCACACAUAUUGUGGCCACGUGAUCUUGUCAUUACGAACAAUAUAAAGAUGGAUUAUGGGGAAUUUACUAAGGAUAUGAGCACAUUCGCACCGACACUAAUUCAAAAUGCUCCAGUUACACUACGGUUCUUACUACGAAUGGUUGAACAUAUGGGGUCAGCAAUUCAAAUCACCACACCACAUGACGUAUCUAUACACCAUAUGGAAUCAUCAAGAACUUUGAAUCUAUACAAGUUUGUUGAUUCUGGGUCGAUUAGUUGUGGAAGUUUUAAAGAAGAACGAGCCCAAUUAUCGACUGCACGAUUACUUGGAACAGAUUACGAUCCACUCUUACUGAUUCCUUACAAUUCUGGGAAUCAUUGGACAUUGGUUGUAAUAAACCUUACGAAGGGUGCUGCCUUUUGGAUAGACCAUUUGAAAAACCGUAUUGACCUAGAUGUAACCGAAGUAGUUGAAAGGUCAACUUAUUUGUAUGUGUAUCUCCAGUGUCCUAAGCAAUCAGGAGUAGUAGAAUGUGGUUAUUACGUGAUGCGGUUCAUGCGUGACAUCAUAAUGUCAACGAGUACUUCUAUCAUACAGAUAAUGAAAGAUUCACCUCGUGCGUACACACAGGAUGACAUUGAUUGUAUAAGGUCUGAGUGGGCUGAGUUUGUAGGGAAGCAGGUUGACAAAGGUCUUAACAAGGCAAAAGGGAAUCCUAUGGCAUUCUAUAAGGUCUAUGACCCAUAG